AUGUCGUUUAGCUGUGGUCCCUUACCAAUUUUUAACCAUGAAUUGCAAUCGUGGAAGAUAUUUAAAACCAGAAUUAUGCAAUGGUUUAUUGCAAACGACAUAAAUGCGUCAAAUGAUGCUGCAGGAGUUAAAAGGCGAGCAAUUCUGCUCAGCGCAUUCGCCGAUGGUACGUUUAAGCUUGCCUCAGAUCUCGCUGUACCAAAUGAUCUCCAGCAAAUUCCGUUUGAGGAUAUCCUAACCAUCUUGGAUACUCAUUUCACACCGAAGCAGGUUGGAUUUAGCGAGCGCCACAAUUUUUAUGCCGCUACCCAACAGCCCACCGAGUCACCAUCGCAGUGGGCCGCUAGACUGCGCGGCCUAACCGUUCACUGCCAAUUUUUCAAUGUGGAGGAGGCACUGAGGGACCGGUUUAUUAUGGGUAUGCUGCCAGGAGUGGAAAAAGAAAAGUUAUAUACGCAGGAUAUUUCGGGUAUAACAUUAGCAAAAGCUGUUGAGCUAGCGGAGAACGUACGAAGCGCGCGGGCGAUUGCCGCCAGCGCCGCUGCCACCACUACCGUCGUCACCGAUGCCACCACGGACCAGCUAUACAAAAUUGGUCAGGAUUCGAAGUGCGCGCGUUCUCGUCAAAAGUGCGCGGUAUGCGGUUAUACGAAUAACAGUGCGUCGGAGUGUCGUUUCGCUAAUUACAGAUGUAAAAAGUGUAAUAUGAAAGGACACUUGCGUAGAAUGUGCAAAAAGGUGAAUUACGUAAAUACGAGUGAGGUGGGCGAGGACAGCGAUGACGGUAAGAUAUUUAAUAUACGAUCAGUUAGGAGCGAGCCUUUAGUAGAAACCGUUACUGUCAAUGGCAUAGAUUUAGAAUUUCAAAUCGAUAGCGGAUCGGCGGUGACUUUGAUAUCGGAAAGAACAUAUAAAUUGCAUUUCCACGAUGUACCAUUAUCGUUCACUAAAAAUAAAUUAGUGAGUUAUACCGGUGAAGUUUUAGGUUGUGCCGGCCGUGUACAGAUGUCGCUUCAGUGGCGGGGCAAAACGUGUAUGCUGGACGUUUAUGUAGUUCGUAAUGGCGGCCCGCCACUGCUCGAUAGGGAUUUUAUUGCACGUUUCGAACUUCAACUGACGCCAAUACAUUAUUGUAAGCAAAUACAGAAUGAAAUUGAAACGCUACACAUACGUUAUCCUCAGGUAUUUUCGGGAGAACUUGGGUGUUUCAGUAAAUAUGAAAUUAAGUUAACCUUGAAAGAGAACGUUAAUCCAUUGUUUUUUAAGGCGCGUCCUAUUGCUUUCGCCUUGAGGGAUAAAAUAGAUAGCGAACUAAAGAGGUUGGUCGAUCUAGGGGUACUUCGUCCGGUUAGUUAUUCUGAAUACGCAUCCCCAAUCGUACCCGUAUUAAAACGCGAUGGCUCUGUCAGAAUAUGUGCAGAUUAUUCUGUUAGCUUAAACAAUCAGUUAGUUAUAGACCAAUAUCCAUUGCCGACGGUUAAUGAACUUUUUUCUAAGUUACAUGGGGGCCAAUACUUUACUAAGCUUGACCUCUCAAUGGCGUAUAAUCAAUUUUGCCUAAAUGAAGAAUCUCAAAAGCUAACCUGUAUCAAUACCCAUCGGGGUUUAUUUUCUUAUACACGUUUAGUUUUCGGCUUAGCUAGUGCGCCGGCUAUUUUCCAGCGUGCAAUGGAAUAUGUACUAGCAGGAUUAAAUGGAGUACAUUUUUUACUGGAUGAUAUUCUGAUAACCGGCAAAGACGAUGCCGAGCACCUAGACAGGCUACACCAGGUGCUACAAAAAUUACAAGACGCGGGCUUAACGUUGCAAAAAAAUAAGUGCAGUUUUUUUAAAGACGAAAUAAGUUACCUGGGAUACGUCAUAAAUAGAAACGGUUUAAAGAAGUCACCGGAAAAGGUUAAAUCUAUAUUAGAAGCGCCAAUCCCCACAAAUGUUAACCAAUUACAAUCGUUUUUAGGCCUCGUCAAUUAUUACAGGUGUUUUGUUCCAAACGCAUCAUCUAUUUUAUUUAAUUCGGUCCAUUCCACGACGGGCUUAUCUCCCGCGCAAAUAGUUUUUGGUCGCACUAUUAAUGCAACUAGACCUUGGGAGCUAGAUAUUCUCAGCCCUGAUACCCCAGGUAGUUCAGUAUCGACACCGGCGUCAUGCGUACCUAUAUUACCGCCAGAUUUGCAAUGUCAUGACCAAGUUCGCGAGCUGGGAGAGGGGGAUGGACACGAGGACAGAAUAUUAACACCUGUGCCUGCAGCUGAGACUUCUAAUGAGAACUUGACGAAUUCUAAUGACUCUUGCCGCCAAUCACGAUCACCCUCACAUAUAACAGUAACGCAAGGAGUUCGGCGUCCAAAGUCGUCGGAUGAUGAAGAAGAGGUAUCACGGGCACAAGAGUAUCAAGCGCCAUUAAAACGAAAUCGCCCUAAGGUUGACUAUAAAAAGUUUUUUUAG